CAUCGUCGCGUCCUCGGAGCAUGUGCAGUAGAGGAGACGAGCAGCCUGUGUAAAAAAAAAAAAACAACAACAAUCAUUACAACAACAGCAGCAGCAGCAGCGGAAGGGCCAGGGAAUAGAUAUGGUUCCGUGAAGCUUCGCACGUCUGGCCCUCUUCACAGUCGCUAAACCCGUCCACCUGCUGCUCUUUCCACCGGGCCUUUAUACUUCCAUGGUGUCGAGCCCAUGAACCUGGCCAGUCAGAGCGGGGACGCUGGCGGUAGCCAGCUCCUCUUCGCCAACUUUAACCAGGAUAACACGUCCUUGGCUGUUGGCACCAAGUCAGGAUACAAGUUUUUCUCCCUGUCUUCAGUGGACAAGUUAGAGCAGAUAUAUGAAUGUACAGACACAGAGGAUGUGUGUAUUGUGGAGCGUCUGUUCUCCAGCAGCCUGGUGGCCAUCGUCAGUCUGAAGGCUCCCAGGAAGCUCAAAGUCUGUCACUUCAAGAAGGGAACAGAGAUUUGCAACUACUCCUAUUCCAACACCAUACUGGCUGUAAAGCUCAACAGACAGAGGCUCAUAGUGUGUCUGGAGGAGUCGCUGUACAUUCACAACAUCCGAGACAUGAAAGUGUUGCACACUAUCAGAGAAACUCCCCCCAAUCCCUCAGGAUUGUGUGCCCUUUCCAUCAGCAAUGAUAACUGUUACCUGGCUUACCCAGGCAGUGCCACAAUAGGAGAAGUUCAGGUGUUUGACACUGUCAACCUGCGAGCGGCUAACAUGAUUCCAGCCCACGACAGCCCGUUAGCAGCUCUGGCUUUCGAUGCCAGUGGAACCAAACUAGCCACAGCCUCAGAGAAGGGCACAGUCAUUCGUGUCUUCUCGAUCCCAGAGGGACAGAAGCUCUUUGAGUUUCGGCGAGGAGUCAAGAGGUGUGUCAGCAUUUGCUCCCUGGCUUUCAGUAUGGAAGGCCUAUACCUGUCGGCCUCCAGCAACACAGAGACGGUCCAUAUCUUCAAGUUAGAAACACAGAAGGAGAAGUAUGUGCCUGCGGAGGAGCCCACUACUUGGGGAGGGUACCUGGGUAAGGUCCUGAUGGCGUCUACCACGUACCUGCCUUCCCAGGUCACAGAGAUGUUCACCCAGGGCCGAGCUUUCGCCACUGUACGUCUGCCCUUCUGCGGACACAAGAACAUCUGCGCCUUAGCUGUGAUUCAGAAGAUUCCGAGGUUGUUGGUUGCAGCGGCUGAUGGUUACCUGUAUCUGUACAACCUGGAUCCACAAGAGGGAGGGGAAUGUACUCUCAUGAAGCAGCACAGGUUAGAUGGCAGUACUGAAGCAUCCAAUGAGAUCCUUGAGCAAGGGUCACAUGAUCGCCCACUUGUGGCCCAAACAUACAGUGCUGCUGUCACUAAAGGUUACUGUGAAGAGCAAGGUGCCGUGGGAGGGGCGGGCCUAGACGACGACCUCAAUGAGUUGCGCUUAGAGGAAGAGAACGAGCAACCGCCACUCAUCCUUGAAACUGACUGACUUUUCGCAUGGCCGCACCCACCAAUCAGAGGGCUCCUCUGGUGCUGCUAUAAACAUGUGACACAAGGGGGGCGGGGGAACAAAGCCGAGGGAGAGCGAGUGUUUUUAAACACUCGAAGCGUUCAAGAGCCUGUCUGUUGGUCCGUCUGUGCGUUCAUCUGUUAAAAUCCAUGUUUACCUUUUUCUCCCAUCCUUCCUCAACUGCUCCAAAGCCCCCCCCCCCCAGCUCUGCCUGUGCAGGCCGAACUGAAGCUUUGCAUGUACACGUGCCAACUGCUAAAUCAUGAUCCAAUGUGAAAACGAGUGUCUGUGUGUGCGUGUAUUGGAUAUUUGAUCAAAAAUAAUGUAGCUGUGUCUCCACGUUAGACACACACGGAUACAAGCACUGUGUAAAACAAAAGUGAUUGUGUAAGUGCCUCUCUGCCCCACUAUCAUAGUUCUUUCUGUCUUAAGGGGGGGAUCUCUUUGAAUUGGCUUAAUAAAAACCUUUUUUCAGUUGCUGGAUCUUAAUCAAAGGUGUGUACUAUCUUUUCUUACCUCUAAAGCGUGAUAUGCUUUGUUCUAUUUUGGGCAAGACGUAAAACAAUCUUGCCGAUUCACAUGGUUGUGGCUCCUAAACAGUGGUCCCAGGUCGUUACUGUAAGAGGCUCAAAGCCAGCUGUUGUGAAGUCUUGCGACUAAAGAUAGAAUGUGAAAAUUUGUGUCGGAAAUGUAGGAUGACCAUCGCACAGUGUGUGUGUGUGUGCCGCUGCAACCUACUACAUAUUAUCUAUGUAAUAACUUGCUUCGUAGCCUGCGCUCCAGUAGGUGUCAUUGUUGCUGAAAUCACACAUAAUGUAAAGUCUACUCUCUCACACAUACAGUGACGCACUGUGCCACACUGAGACCAGUUUGUCAUCGGUCAAUUUUACCCUCAAUGUUGAUUUUGAAGCUUGUGGCAUUAAGGCAGAGGUGUGUGAGAGAGAGUGUGUGUGUGUGUGUGUGUUUGUGUGCUCAUGCUGAGACCCAAUUUGUUUGUGUUUGCUGGGCAUGCACCGGACCCCGUUCACCUGAACAGAGGCUCCAUGAACCCUCCAUCCCCUGCCCUCCUCAGGCCUGCAGUCAUUGGUUUGAUUUCAAAAUCUGGUAUUAAUGAUCUUUUUUCUUUUUUUUUUAUCUACUUAACCAAACAUAACCAAUGAUGUGUCAUGUGUAUAAAAAAUGUGCAUGGUGGUGUUUAUGUGCUACUGUGUCCCAUACAUCAGAUAUUUGGGUGGUGGUGAGUUAAAGUCAGUCAGCAGAUCAGGAGGCGACGUGCCUCCAGCGACGCUCUCCUCACACUCCUCGCCCUGCAGUAUCUAUACUCUGUACAUAACUAGAUGUGGCGAGAUGUCACUGCAUCGUAUUGUCAGGUUCUGACGUUGAAGUCUCUGGGAUAGUUGGGUGAUAGAGGGCCAUUGACUAAACUGUGGGUAACAGUUGGAUUGAUGGGAGACUCAUCAGCUCGUCCAGGAUGUGGCCUGAUUCCCCGCCAAUGUUUUUGUUGCAGUCUGAAGCCGGUAAACGAGGAUUAGCGAGGGGGUCUUUGGAAUGUCAGGCGUUUUCUAAUGAUUUUGUAUAAGAUGCGAAACGUUCAUCUGAAACUGAAAUGAAAAUAAAUUCCAUGUUGAUGUA